AGACAUUUUGAGGUUAGGAAAUAAGGAAACAUCUGAUCCGAUUGGACUUACUAUACCGACUCAUUUCAAUUCCAUAUUUCCUAUUCCAUAUUCCAUUGCGAUCACUUGUCGUUCGACUCCGACUUGGACUUGGACUUACACUUACACUUAGACUUUUAUACUCCUCUCUUUGAUUCCUCAAUUCCUUAAAAAACACUCUAAACACAAUUCUUAAUUGUCAACCUGGAACAUAUAAUUGUUAUUGCUUCUUUAUUUUGCGCAAUACUCAACUUAAUACUAUAGCCCCAAAAUGAUGCCAAUUCGUAACCUUUUCGCGAGGCGCUCCGGCGUUCUCACCGUUACCGAAGUCAAGGACGAAAACGUCCGGCCCGGAGCGCUGAGUCCCAAUUCUGCCCAGUCCGGCUUCGAAAAGGUCGACACAAUUGGCUCAAAAGCCUCCUCCUCUCUAAGUAUACGAAGCACCAGAAGCCGGGACAAUGGAGACUACAAGAUGAGUGACUUUCUAGUGGUAAACGAUAGCGGAGUCUAUCUGCCGCCAUCACCGAUGGAAGACAAGAGCCUUUGGCCCAGACAAUCUGCUGCGUCUCGAACAUCUAUGGACACCCGCAGUAGCUUUGGCGACAUUGAACACUUCUCCAUCUCUCGCGAGUCCUUUGACUCUUAUCGCCGCUCUUUUGACAUAUCGGCUAGAUCGCCCGUCAUGGUCAAUGAGGCCUCUCGUCAGAGCCUCGACUCCGCCCAAUUACAUCGAAUACCCCGAUCAUCUAUCAGAAAUCGACCUUGGGAUCCGCCAACCGCGGAAGAAGGGUUCGAAGAUGUUGGUUUGAAUGAUGACCAGAAACAACAACCCAAGAAGAGGGGUUUCUUCGCCAAGUUCUCCGACUCUCAAGAGUCCGGUGUGCACUCUCAGGGUACUGGGAUGUCUCGAUUCAUCCCCGGACGAAAACGAGCGCAAAGCGGCCAGGGAUCGGAAUUAGGCCAUAUCGAACGACCGAGCUCCCGCCAGUCCAUUAAAGAACAAGAGAUGCAGUAAUACCCGAUAGAAGAUGAGCGGAACAACAGGAACCAAUUAAUCAACAAGAUAUGCAUAGAUGAAUUUUGUGGCGUUAGGGCGGUAAUUGGAGGGGGCAUCAUGAUAUCCGAACAAUCGUUUGCCCCUCGUUCAGGGGUGUUUAUUCACAUCUAGUCAUUCGCUUUUGUAUCUGGCGGGCUGAUAGAUGGUCAAGAACAGAAGGCACAUGGUUUACUAUGAGAGCCGGGGAGUCCUGGGGGCCUUUUAUGUUAGGUCCCAUGGAACGAGUAAUGAAUUAUAAUGGGAAUGAAUGAUGUAUUGCAUAUCUGUUAUGAAGAAUCAGAUACCAAUUCACUUAGUUUAAAAUUAUAUGCCUUGCCUUAGACUUCGUCGAUGCCUGAACAAUGACUUACGGUAACUCGGUGGCAAUAUGGCGAUUGAGGAACUGCAUAACCUAGUUCA